CGGAGGGGACGCACCGGGACAUCGCGAGGGUCCUACCAAGAAAAGGCGCAGUUUGUCGGCCAUGAGGGACGGAGAGGAUGGAGCAGGAGAGGCUCGCCGCUGACCGAGUGUCCCCGCUAAAGAACUUCGUGGCCGGGGGAUUCGGAGGCGCCUGUCUGCUGCUGGCUGGACACCCGCUUGACACGAUCAAGGUGCGUCUGCAGACUCAGCCCAAAGCCGCUCAGUAUGUGCUCUACACCGGGACCUAUGACUGCUUCAGGAAGACCGUCUCCAAAGAGGGUCUGCUGGGCCUGUACAAAGGCAUGGGGGCUCCUCUGGCAGGCGUCGCUCCCAUGAUGGCCAUCAGCUUCUUCGGGUUUGGACUUGGCAAACAGCUGCAGCAGACCGAGCCCAACCAAACGCUCACACCCUCUCAGCUCUUCCUCUCGGGGUGUCUGGCAGGAGUUUUCACCACCGUCAUUGUCGCUCCUGGAGAAAGGAUCAAAUGUUUACUUCAGGUGCAGGCGAGCAGUGGACAGGUGAGGUACUCCGGGCCCCUGGACUGUGCCGUCAGACUGUACAAGGAACAUGGCAUCAGGAGUGUCUAUAAAGGGACUGUCCUCACUCUCAUCAGAGAUGUGCCUUCGAACGGCCUGUAUUUCCUCACUUAUGAAUACCUCAAGAACCUGCUGACUCCAGAGGGUCAAAGUGUGUCUGAACUGAGCACUCCAAAGAUCCUCUUGGCUGGGGGAGUGGCGGGAAUCCUGAACUGGACCAUUGCUCUACCUCCAGAUGUGCUCAAGUCCAACUUCCAGACAGCGGCGGAUGGGAAGUACAGUGGUCUGGUGGACGUGCUCAGGACUUUGCUGAAGGAGGAGGGGCCUAAAGCUCUGUAUAAAGGCUUCAACGCUGUUUUCCUGAGGGCCUUUCCUGCCAACGCUGCCUGUUUUCUUGGAUUUGAAGUGGCGUUAAAGGGUCUGAACUGGGCUGCUCCAAGCUGGUAGAUGCCACUGUGUGUGCACUCAACAC